ACUAAAUUUUUAAGGGAAAGUAAAGAAGAAAAAUUAGCAUUUUUAGACGAUGAAAAUAUUAGAUGGAAAAAUGUGAUGUGUUUCGCGUUACUUAGUAAUCGUGUUCUUGGAAAGAAAAAGAGGUUAACAAAGAAAACAGAAAAGGCAAUUCGAAAUAAUAUUGAUGAUCUUCUUCCUAGCAAUCAAGUAAAUCCGAAAAAAUCUUGUCUGACAGGGUCUGUUAACAAUUCCUUAAUUCUGGCUGAUUCAAAAAUAAAUAAAGUUGAUCACAGUACUGAGCCUAACAAAGGAGAUGAUGUGUCUGAGCAAUUCGAUGCACGUAAUUUAUUGGCUAAGGUAUUGUCAUUUUUGGAAAAUUCGCAAGGUAAAAAACCAGAUUUUAAACUCUUGGUAAAUACGAAUAAUGAGAUUCUUUUUGGUGAAGUUAAACCACCAAAAUAUAAAAACUCUUCUUUAUUAGUUUCUCAAGAUCUUGUCAAGCUAGCAACCUUUCAAUCUGGUACUUUGGAUGAGUUAGUUAAAAAGUAUAGAAAUAGGAUUGAGAUAACAUCCUUCAGAGUGUGGAUUUAUGGAGUACAAAUCCAUAUUUAUCAAAUGGACUUAGACUACGAUGGAUUAUACAGGAUGUAUCUGAUUGCAGACAUAGUUAUACCCACUCAAAAAUCCCAAUUUAUAAGUCUAAUGCCAAUAUUGGAAACGUUUUACAAUGUCAAAGAUUCCGUUUCUAAAGUUUUGAAGGUAAUUACCUCUAACACUUCACCUCUUCUAUUUCAUUCCGAUUAUUAUAGAUUAUCCCCUCCCUCACCAGAACCCAUCAAAGUUACAGUUGUUAAAGGAAAUUCUAACCGAAAAUAA